AUGGCAUCCAACCCAAAAGUCACCAAGGAAUGUGUGGGUAGCCUGUUGGUUCCAACUACAGAUAUCCAAGAGCUCUCGACCCCUCAUCAGACAUCGAACCUGCAGAAGCGAGUAACAGUGCCCGUCGGAACCCUUAUGAUUGCACCCAGGGACUUGAGUUCGCACGAAGAAGAAGAAACGAAGCCCAUGGAAUCAUUGAAGAGAAGGAUCACAGACAAGCUGACAGGCCCAGCCCCAGCCGACGAAGAGAAACACUUUUCAGAGGAUAUUGCCUAUGAACGAAAUGAUGCCGUUAGUUACCUGCGGGGAAUGAAUCGAAUCAUAUUGUUCCUGGCCAGUGAGAAGGUCUACAGCAGAGAUCUGCACCCUCGUCUUGCAGCCACGGUUCGGUCACACAUCUUGGAGAAGGCCGCUCGCGUGCAUUUCUGCUUUGAAGAUGGUCCGAUCGCCGGGGCAUACAACACAAGCAUCUCCCCGGAUGGUCUCGAAUACGAAACUACGUUGGUGAAUGGCAUGGAAGAACCUGUUUUGGAAAUCCAACAGAACCAAUGGUAUCGGGCGCGAAUCCUCUACGUCCCUACACGGUUUCGCACUCUGGAACCAGCCUUUCCCGGCUGCGAAGCUCAUUUGCUGGCCAAAGAUGGCGUCUACACGAUGGAGACACCCAGACUCAACGUCUCAACUGGAUUCAUGACAUCUGGUAACCGCGCUGUCUUUCUGAUUAGAUGCAAAGAAGUAGGUAUGGCCGAGUUCCGAAGUUUAUCAUUGGCAAGAAACUCGUCCAAUUGGAUUGCCUCUCAGAAGCGCCCAAGUUUGGAUCGACUAUUGGCGCGCUUGAAUGUAGUGCCAGCCGAGGAAGGGACGCAAUACAGCAAUCCUGAUGUCCUUCCGAUCUUCAAACCAAACAGACCGUGCUACUUGGCAGAUAUGAGAAACAUGGAACCCGACAACUCUGACUACGUGGUCUUGUCUGGUUUGGUCUCCAGCGGAGAAGGCCUGGGUGAUGAAUUGCCUAUCGAACGACCUGAUUGCUGUGAAAACACAUCAUACUACGAUGUCAAUGGGCUGGCGGAAUUCAACCCGCUGCACCGAGGCAUUGAUGGAGUCGAAGGACGCGAAUUUGACUUUAGUCUGGAAAAUGGUCAAAUCUGGGAAGUAGAUGUAUACGCGCCGCAAAUCCAUCCCAUCCACUACCACGUAAACAAGUUCCAGUUGAUUGAAUUGCCCGAACUGGGCGCCCAUGCGGAAUACUUUCAAGUUGGCGACUUCCAAGACGUGCUACAAACAACAAUCGCGGAAGACGACUACUACGGCAAAGCCAAGAUCAGAUUAAGCAUCGGUGGACCAACCGGGCAGAUGCUAGGACACUGCCACUUUUAUCGUCAUGCAGACAGAGGAAUGUCCUAUUUGGGAGAAAUCACUGGAGAGGAAGGUGCCUAUAGUUCCAAGCUUGCCGGAACGUCCUACACAACAUUGCAAGAACGAGGAGGACACGAGUCAGUCGGAGAGACGACGGCACCAGACACCUCGAUUUCCUCAGACACUUCGAAUUCUUCAGACACCUCGAAUUCUUCAGGACGUCUCCGGACAAGGGAUGUACUCAUCCUCACGAUGACGUCUGUCAUGGUCUACUGUUUUUCUAGCUAG